CCUCAGUGUCUCUUCUGCAGCCAGGGGACGAAGGGUUCCGAAACACUCGCCCCAUUGACCGAACUUUCAUGCUGUAGUCAGUGCCGGCUGUCGGCAUCCGAAAGUAACAUGCAACUCCAGCAAGAACUCGCUGCGCUUUUCGAGAGGAGUAUGACACUCGAAAUAUCAACACCCCUUGCCAGCGACCAAUCACUAUGCUCUGUUCCUGUUUCCCCCGACCCAAAGUUGUAUGAUAUCAGGAAGAACCCGGCCAGCACUAUGAAUCUGCACCCCACAGCAAGUGACACACUGAGGUAUCACAACAUUGAUCCAUCAACACUUCUGCCAAGACAAUGGAAGCUCUACGAAGGAGCAAUGGCAGAACAACGGUCACGCCUAAUCCAGAUGUGGCAGUUGUCACCGGAGCACCGAUACCACAGUGACCAGGGUAAGACCGAGGCUACCUGCAUGUCUGAUUCCUGGAGCACAUCGUAUGAAACUCGCACAGUUGAUGAUCUCGAUAUGUAUGAUUUGGACCAGGGCGUUGACCACAGCGUCAGCCAGUAUGCCGAGCCAUACAUGAUUAAUGGCUAUAGGGCUGUCGCUCAGAAUGACAAAGAACACUCCAACAGAAGAGAUGGGAGUGCAGCAAGCGAGUCCAUGGCAGGAUCGACAUACAGGCUUGCAAAUGAUCCUGUUUAUCGCUCCCAGGGCCAGAGAUGGUGGGAGUAUGUGCAUUCGGCAUCACCAAAGUACUAUUAUUGAGAAUAUGUACCGACGAUUGCUUCUUGGGGGUGUAAAUUCAUCACAGCUAGCGAUUAUUGCUCACAAUGUAUCAGAAAUCCGACCACUGUCACGGUCGAUAUGCCUGUGCACUCUUCUUUAGGGGCUCCGAUUUUUUCGAAUGCGCAGUCGGGAGGCCAUCAAAAAAUGACAGCGCAGCAUAGAUAUAG